GCCGUCUUUACAGUGACAGGCCGUGGAUUUAGUUUUUUUUUUUAUAUUUUCAUUUCUUCUUCAUCUUCAUCAUGGCUGCUGCUGGGGCGUCGCCGUCCAGCUCGCCGCGCUUACCUAGUCCUCCCCCGUUCACGGAGGUACAGAUUGGGCCCAAGUCACCCUCGGUCGGCGAUUCGUUUGGGAAAGAGACGCAAGAAUUUCUGGCAGCUUCAAAGGGCAAUGAUAAUGCUUCUUCUCGGAGGAUCCGACCAGGAACUAAUGCAGCGGAUAUGGCUGUCGGUCCUCCAUUGAUUCCUUUGUCGCAGCUCGACUCUCCGUUCCAGCUCCAAGAACACCUGAAAGCGCUCUACAACCACUUCACCCGACCGGAGGGAUCUGAGACCGUCGUGCCUAUCAGUCGGGAUGUCGCGAUACAGCUUGCGGAACCGCCCGAGGGGGUGGACAGGUCCCUCUGGCUCUACGAACUCUGUCGUUUCCUCACCAUGAAAGUGAAUAACCUGAUCGUUGCUUUCUUCGCCGAAGAUCCGCCCUGCUCCGCGCAAACGUGUCCUGAGAUGCGUGCAUCCGAGUGGCAGUAUCUUUGCGCCCAUUUUCCUAGUCGUCUUACGUUGGGUUCCGAGGCAGGCGGUGGCGCGCAGGCGAGUCUGAGGUACCUGACCAACAUAUUCCGUAGACUGUAUCGCAUCUUCGCCCAUGCCUGGUUCCAACACCGGGAUGUGUUCUGGCAGGUUGAGGGUAAUGAUGGGCUGUACAUAUUUUUCAAGACGGUGUGCGAUAUGUACAAGCUUAUUCCCGAAGACAAUUACACGGUGCCUGCUGAAGCGGAGGGACUCGAUGCCAAUCAGUCAAUGCUGGAACAGGCGGACAACCGUCGGAUGACGAUUCUACGAAAGGACAGCGAGGACCCGCUGGAGAACAUUGAGCCUUCGUCCAUUAGCACCGGUGCAACCACCCGGCGCCACAAGAAUAGCGCGUCCAUCAGUUCUCGGGUUACGACGAUCAGUGAGGGAGCGGAGGAAUCAGAAGAGCAGCAGAAAGCGGAGCCUGUGAUGGAGUCAAAGGAUGAAAAAUCUGCUGAGGCUGUACCCGAAGUUGAGUCUGAACCACAGCCUGCAGAAGAGGUUGCAAGUGAGGAGCAGAAGGAAGCUGCCGAUGCACCCGGGCCAGACCCGGCCGAGUCGCAGGUUACUGUUGAAGAGGUGCAAGAGGACGAAGAGGGGAAGCCCUCAGAUACGAAUACAGAAGCAGCAGCAAAGGAUGAGCCGGAAGCCGAGUCGCAAGCAGAGACCCAAGCCAGUACAGAAGACAGCACAGAAGCAAGCGAAGAGAAAACGCCGUCGCCUGUAGAGGAAGCAUCCACUGAGCAGACCCAGCAAGAGCCUGAAUCUCAUACGACAACUGAGCAGGAGCCCGAGUCAGCGACGGAGCCAGCCAAGGAGGCUUGAGGUCAUGUUUGUUCGAGGCUUAUUCAUCGCUAUGAUGCGAUUAUUCCCACACUCAAUUGAGCCAGAUGGAGGCUCAAUCGACAUGUAAUAUACAAUUGAGGCUGCCUAGAAAUUAAUGAUACCCAUUA